CUCGUCAGUAGUGAUAUUCGCGUACGCAAUCUGUGCUGUUUGGUUCCCUCAGCAAGGAUGGCAGAUCUUAAGAACAUUUCUUGUGGUAAAGCAGAGUUGCAGCCUGAAGCCAUAACUGAUAUUGGUGUGCUGGCAUCCAAGAAAGAACCUCCAGCAGGCUACUAUAUUGUUGCACAAACAACAGAUGGCUUCGACGCCAACCUGUGGAAGGACAGCAUAUUCAAAUCCAAGGUCACACGCUAUCUCUGCUUCACCCGAGCUGCCACCUCCAAAAAUAAGCAAUUAUGCAAUGUGGUCGUGGAUGUGAAGUUGAUCGACUUGAAGGACUGUUUGCCAGAGGGCUUCACUCCGAUCCAAGACACCACGGAUACCCAGGAGCAGGCUUUGAGGAAGGAGAGACUGUGUGUGAAGUUGGUCCCCAGGCACAGCGCUGAUACGGCUAUAUGCAAUGUGGUUAUACAGGGGAAAUCAAAGCACAGCCUCACUAAUUAUACAUUUAUAGGUGAGCUGAAUGGUUUGGGGAUUUGGUAUCAGCUGGGAAAAGUCAUUAAGUCACAGGAUACAGUGCACAACACCCCCUCUACCUCUGGUGUUGCCAGAAAAUUCCCAGAGUCUCCGGCCUCCAGUCCUACUAAAAAGAACAUGGUCAGGCCAGACUAUGAACACCAAAUCUACAACAUCUACACCAAAUCAGCUAUGGAUGAUAUACCCUUUAUGAUCUACAAAAAAUCUACCUCCACAUCCAGAGAUGAAAUAGAUCCAGUCCAUUUUUUCAACAUCACCAUCAAAUCACCACAAGAGAUUGAAGAUGAAUACAACUAUUGUUUCAACACUGAACACAGCGCUGCAGCCUUCACAUGGACUCAGUGACUUUAGAGAGUGGAGAUUCACCAUUAACACUGGUAUAAGGAAUCAAACAGUGUAGUGAGACUAACUAACUAAUCUAACUGAGAAUCCAAAGAUCAGGGUAUAUACAUACUAUAUCUUUCUUCUUCCUGGUCUUAUUGGGAACCGUUUUCUUUUCAGAAAACUUCCCUCCAUCCUUGUGCCAUAUAAAGACUUUACAUGAUCAACUCAAAUGGAUAAAAAGUCCUCUCU